AUGAGGACUCCUUUUCUUUUGGCCUUAUUGCUUUUAAAUCUACCUCAAGACAUAACAAGUUCUACCACAACAGAAGCAUUAACAAGUGAAUUAACAACUACUGACGAGGAGAUAACAGUAACAUCAACUUCUGAGGCGGCAACCACAACUGAAACACUCAAUGUCACAACCACAGACGCAACCACAACUGAAGAUGAAACAACAACUGACGUAGUUACAACAACUCAAGCAGAAACAGAGACUUCAACAGCAACAACAACAGAAGCGGCGACAACAACAACAGAGGCUGAAACAACAACAGAGGCAGCUACAACAACAACUCAGGAUGGAACCACAACAUACACUGUAACUACUACAGAUGCAGCAGCAGCAACAACAACAGAGACAAUUACAACCACAACAGAGGCUGCAACCACAACAGAAGCUUCAACAACAACAGACCCUGCAACCACAACAACAGAAGAAGCAACAACAACAGAAGCCACAACCACAACAGCAGAGGCAGCAACGACAACAGAGUCUGUAACAACUACAACAGAGAUUGCAACAACAACAGAGGCUGCUACAACCAUAGAAAUCUCAACAACCUCAGAAGCUGCAACUACUACAGAGGCUGCUACGACAACAACAGAAGCUGGCACAACCACAGAGGUUGCAUCUACAACAGAGACUGCAACAACAACAACAGAAUCUGCCACAACAACAGAGGCUACGACAACAACUACAGAAGCUGUCACAACUAUAGAGGCUGCGACAACAACAGAGGCUGCAACAACCACAGACACUGCAUCUACAACAGAGGCUGCAACAACAACAGAAGCUGCCACAACUACAGAGGCUGCGACAACAACAGAGGCUGCAACAACCACAGAGGCAGCAACAACAACUAUAGAAGCUUCCACGACAACAGAGGCAGCAACAACAACAGAGGGUGUCACAACCACAGAGGCAGCCACAACUACAGAGGCUGCGACAACAACAGAGGCUCUGACAACUACAACAGAAGCUGCCACAACUACAGAGGCUGCAACAAUAACUACAGAGGCUGCAACUACAACAGUGGCUCCAACAACAACAGAAGCUGAAACAACUACCGAGGCUCUGACAACAACAGAAGCUGUCACAACUACAGAGGCUGUGACAACAACAUCAGAAUCUGUCAUAACAACAGAAGCUGCGACAACAACAGAGGCUGCAACAACAACAGAGGCUGUAACAACAACAGUAGCUGCCACAACUACAGAGGCUGCUACAACAACUACAGAAGCUGUCACAUCUACAGAGGCUGUGACAACAACAACAACAGAAGCUGCCACAACUACAGAGGCUGCAACAACAACAGAGGCUGCAACAACAACAACAGAGGCUGCAACAACUACAGAGGCUGCAACAACAACAGAGACCCAAACAACAACAACAGAAGCUGCCACAACUACAGAGGCUGCAACAACAACUUCAGAGGCUGCAACAACUACAGAAGCUGCAACAGCAACUACAGAAGCUGCCACAACAACAGAGGCUGCAUCUACAACAGAGGCUGCAACAAUAACAGAAGCUGCCACAACCACAGAGGCUGUGACAACAACAGAGGUUCCGACAACUACAACAGAAGCUGCCACAAGUACUGAGGCUGCGACAACAACUAUAGAACCUGCCACAACUACAGAAGCAGCAACUACAACAGUGGCUCUGACAACAACAACAGAAUCUGCCACAACUACAGAGGCUCCGACAACAACACAAGCUGUCACAACUACAGAGGCUGUGACAACAACAUCAGAAUCUGUCACAACAACAGAAGUUGCGACAACAACAGAGGCUGCAACUACAACAGUGGCUCUGACUACAACAACAGAGGCUGCCACAACUACAGAGGCUCCGACAACAACAGAAGCUGUCACAACUACAGAGGCUCUGACAACUACAACAGAAGCUGCCACAACUACAGAGGCUGCGACAACAAUAUUAGAAUCUCCCACAACUACAGAAGCUGCAACUACAACAGUGGCUCCGACUACAACAACAGAAUCUGCCACAACUACAGAGGAACCGACAACAACGGAAGCUGCGACAACAACUGCAGAAGCUGUGACAACAACAUCAGAAAUUGUCACAACAACAGAAGCUGUGACAACAACAGAGGCUGCAUUAAUAACAGAGGCUGUAACAACAACAGGAGCUGCCACAACUACAGAGGCUGCAACAACAACUACAGAAGCUGCCACAACAACAGAGGCUGCAACAACAAUAGAGGCUCUGACAACAACAACAGAAGCUGCCACAACUACAGAGGCUGCAACAACUACAGAGGCUGCAACAACAACAGAGGCUGCAACAACAACAACAGAAGCUGCCACAACCACAGAGGCCCAAACAACUACAGAAGCUGCAACUACAACAGUGGCUGCAACAACAAAAGAGGCUGCAAUAACAACAACAGAAGCUGCCACAAUUACAGAGGUUGCAACAACAACAGAGGCUGCAACUACAACAGAGGCUCAAACAACAACAACAGAAGUUGCCACAACAACAGAGGCUGCUACAAUAACUACAGAAGCUGCAACAACUACAGAGUUUGCAACAACAACAACAGAAGCUGCCACAACUAUACAGGCUGCGACAACAACAGAGGCUGUAACAACAACAACAGAAGUUGCCACAACUACAGAGGCUGCUACAACAACUACAGAGGCUGCUACAACAACAGAGGCUGCAACAACAACAGCAGAAGCUGCCACAACAGCAACAGAGGCUGCUACAACAACAGAGGCUGCAACACCAACAGAGGCUGCAACAACAACAACAGAAGCUUCCACAACUACAGAGACUGCAACAACAAUAACAGAGGCUGCUACAACAACAGAGGCUGCCACAACUACAGAAGCUGCUACAGCAACAGAGGCUGCAACAACAACAACAGAAACUGCCACAACUACAGAGGCUGCUACAACAACUACAGAGCCUGCUACAACUACAGAGGCUGCAACAACAACAACAGAAACUGCCACAACAACAACAGAAGCUGCCACAUUUACAGAAGCUGCCACAACAACAGAAGCUGCUACAACUACAGAGGCAACAACAACAACACAGGCUGCAACAACAACACAGGCUGCAACAACAUCAACAGAAGCUGCUACAACUACAGAGGCUGCUACAACUACAGAGUCUGCUACAACUACAGAGGCUGCAACAACAACAGAGGCUCACACAACUACAACAGAAGUUGCCACAACUACAGAGGCUGCAACCACAACAGAGGCUGCAACAACAACUACAGAAGCUGCCACAACUACACAGGCUGCUACAACAACUACAGAGCCUGCUACAACUACAGAGGCUGCAACAACAACAACAGAGGCAGCAACAACAACAACAGAAACUGCCACAACUACAGAGACUGCAACAACAACAGAGGCUGCAUCAACAACAACAACAGAAGCUGCCACAACUACAGAGGCUGCUACAACAACUACAGAGGCUCAAACAACAAUAGAAACUGCCACAACAACAGAGGCUGCAACAUCAACAGAUGCUGCCACAACUACAGAGACUGCAAUAACAAUAACAGAGGCUGCUACAACAACAGAGGCUGCCACAACUACAGAAGCUGCUACAGCAACAGAGGCUGCAACAACAACAACAGAAACUGCCACAACUACAGAGGCUGCUACAACAACUACAGAGCCUGCUACAACUACAGAGGCUGCAACAACAACAACAGAAACUGCCACAACAACAACAGAAGCUGCCACAUUUACAGAAGCUGCCACAACAACAGAAGCUGCUACAACUACAGAGGCAACAACAACAACACAGGCUGCAACAACAACACAGGCUGCAACAACAUCAACAGAAGCUGCUACAACUACAGAGGCUGCUACAACUACAGAGUCUGCUACAACUACAGAGGCUGCAACAACAACAGAGGCUGCAACAACAAUAACAGAAACUGCCACAACUACAGAGGCUGCAACAACAACAGAGGCUGCAACAACAACAGAAACUGCCACAACUACAGAGGCUGCUACAACAACUACAGAGCCUGCUACAACUACAGAGGCUGCAACAACAACAACAGAGGCAGCAACAACAACAACAGAAACUGCCACAACUACAGAGACUGCAACAACAACAGAGGCUGCGACAACAACAACAGAAGCUGCCACUACUACUGAAGCUGCAACAACAACAGAGUCCCAAACAACAACAACAGAAGCUGCCACAACUACAGAGGCUGCAACAACAACAGAGGCUGCGACAACAUCAACAGAAGCUGCUACAACUACAGAGGCUGCUACAACAACUACAGAGGCUGCUACAACUACAGAGUCUGCAACAACAACAGAGGCUGCAACAACAACAGAAACUGCCACAACUACAGAGGCUGCAAUAACAACAGAGGCUGCAACAUCAUCAACAGAAGCUGCUACAACUACAGAGGCUGCUACAACAACUACAGAGGCUGCUACAACUACAGAGUCUGCAACAACAACAGAGGCUGCAACAACAACAACAGAAACUGCAACAACUACAGAGGCUGCAACAACAACAGAGGCAGCAACAACAACAGCAGAAGCUGCCACAACAACAGAGGCUGCUACAACAACUACAGAGGCUGCUACAACUACAGAGUCUGCAACAACAACAGAGGCUGCAACAACAGCAGAAAAUGCCACAGCUACAGAGGCUGCAACAACAACAGAGGCUGCAACAACAACAGCAGAAGCUGCCACAACAACAGAGGCUGCUACAACAACUACAGAGGCUGCAACAACAACAACAACAACAGAAACUGCCACAACUACAGAGGCUGCAACAACAACAACAGAAGCUGCCACAACUACAGAGGCUGCUGCAACAACAACAGAGGCUGCAACAACAACAACAGAAGCUGCCACAACUACAGAGGCAGCAACAACAACAGAGGCUCCCACAACUACAGAGCCUGCAACAAUAACUACAGAAGCUGCAACAACUACAGAAGCGGCAACAACUACAGAAGCUGUGACAACAACAGAGGCUGCAACAACAACAGAAUCCUUCACAACUACAGAGGCUGUGACAACAUCAGCGGCUGCCACAACUACAGAGGCUGCAACAACAACAGAGUCUGAAACAACAACAGAGGCUGUCACAAAUACUGAGGCUGCAACCACAACAGAGGCUGCAACAACAACAGAGACUGCAACAACAACAACAGAGGCUGCAAUAACAACAACAACAGAAUCCGCCACAACUACAGAGGCUGUGACAACAACAUCAGAAUCUGUCACAACAACAGAAGCUGCAACAACAACAGAGGCUGUAACAACAAGAGAAGCUGCCACAACUACAGAGGCUGCAACAACAAUAGAGGCCCAUACAACAACAACAGAAGCUGCCACAACUACCGAAGCUGCAACAACUAGUACAGAAGCUGCAACAACUACAGAGGCUGCAACAACUAGUACAGAAGCUGUCACAUCUACAGAGGCUGCUAAAACAACUACAGAAUCUGUCACAUCUACAGAAGUUGUGACAACAACAACAGAGGCUGCAACAAUAACAACAGAAGCUACCACAACAAGAGAGGCUGCCACAACUACAGAGGCUGCAACAACAACAGAGGCUGCAACAGCAACAACAGAGGCUGCAACAACUACAAACGCUGCAACAACAACAGAGGUUGUCACAACUGCAGAGGUUGUUACUACAACCAAGGCUGCAAUAACAUCAACAGAGGCUGCCACAACUACAGAGGCGGCGACAACAACUACUGAAGCGGCCACAAACACAGAGGCUGCGACUACUUCAGAGGCUACUUCAUUAACAACAGAAUCUGCUACAACUACAGAGGCUGCGACAGCAUCUACAGAAGCUGGCACAACUACAGAGGCUGCAACAACAACAACAGAGGCUGCGACAGCAACUACAGAAGCUGCCACAACUACAGAGGCUGCAACAACAACAGGAUCUGCCACAAGAACAGAGGCUGUAACUACAACAGAGGCUGCUACAACAACAACAGAAACUGUCACAACUACAGUAUCUGCGACAACAAUAGAAGCUGCCACGACAACAGAGGUUGCAACAACAACAACAACAACAGAAGCUGUAACCACAACAGAGUCUGCGACAACAACAAAGGUUUCAACAACAACAGAGUCUGCAACUUUAACAGAGACUCUGACUACAACAACAGAAGCUCCCACAAAUACAGAGGUUGUUAGUACAACAGAGGUCGCUACAACAACAACAGAAGCUCCUACAACUACAGAGGCUGUGAUAACAACAACAGAAGCUGCCACAACUACAAAGUCUGAAACAACAACAGAUACUGAAACAACUACAGAGGUAGCAGCAACAACAACAGAGGCAGCUAAAACAACAAUAGUUUUUACAACAAUAACUACAGAGGCAGCUACAACAACAUCAGAACCUGCAACAACAAUGUCAGCAACAACAACAGAAACCGCAACAACUGAGGCUGCAACAACAACAAAAGAGGCAAUUACUACAACAGAAGCAGCAGCAACAUCAACAGAGACUGUACAAACAACAGAGACUGUACCAACAACAGAUGCUGCAACAACAACAGAGGCUGCAACAACAACAGAGGCUGCAACCUCAACAGAAGGUGCAACAACAACAGCAGACGCAACUACCACAACUGAGGCUCCAAUAGUGUCAACUACGGAGGCGACAAAAACUUCUACAGAAGCAGCUGCAAAUGUAAACGAACCUUUCCCAUUUGGAUCUACCGAAUCUGACUUUAUUCUCACUGGAGAUGACAAUGUAGGCGUGACUUUGUCUGCUCCUACAAGAGUUUCUGUUGGUGAUGGCUCAGAGGGAAAAUUUACAUUCGCAAAGAUUGGAACAAAUGGAAUAAUAGGAUUAGGUGAAAGUUACAAUAGCAUCUCUGUUCAAGAUCUCUCUUCCUACACAACAAGCAGGCGUAAAAUCCUGUGUCCAUAUUGGACAGAUCUGAUAGGAAACUCAAACCUGAAUGUGGAUGAUGGAAAAGUUUACUACAGAGGUUAUAAGAAAGGUGAUGAUUAUUCCCAGACCAUGCUUGACAGAGCUAACAAGAUCGUGAAAACUUACUUUAAGGAUUUUCCCAAUUUUGAUUCUAUCUGGGUAGUCAAAGCAACUUGGUACAAAAUGAAUAUUUUCGGCGACCAAUCAAAAGUAAGAUCAAGAUGUAUAAAUGGAAGGUCAAAUAAAGUGACUUUCCAAAGUCUUUUGAUCACAGACGGUGAAAAUACAUUUGUUGUAUUCAACUAUAUGGAUGUAGAUAUUACUCCCAAAACUAACUUUAAAAUUUCCAUUGGAUACCGUUACAAAGGAAUUUACACUAGCAAUUCCUAUAGCAACCAAAAUGGAGCUUUCAAAAUGAGUAGGAUCCAAGGAAAUUCAGAAUUAAAUGGCUUCUGGAUCUACAAGAUGACAAGUGAAGUGUCCGAAAAUCUAGAGGAGAAAAAAUGCUUUAACUGGUACAUAGAAAACAAACUGCGUGGAGUCGACACACGCCUCAAACGCCUGAGAUCCUGGAGUAGAUACCAGUGUCCAUGUAGCAGUCGUCUGCUGAGAUUAACUCCCAUGUUUAGGUUCAAUAGAGUUGACCUGGAGAACAACGUCAUCUGCUACGCUUCACUUACCUCACCGGAAAGCACUGAAUGCUGUUACCCUAUGAAUUGGCGUGGAAGAGCCCGUGGCGCCCGCACAUUCGCUAUUCCAGCUGCCGGUAGUCUUCUGCAAUACAGUCCAUUUCGCUUAAGGAGACAGUAUUACCUCAAUGAUUUUGAUGCCAAGAGAACCUGCUGUAAUUCAGGACACUGUGACUGGUACUAUGACGUCAGACCCAGGACACGGUGUUACCGGAGAGCACGAUCUAGGCCUAGUUGGUUUUGGGGUGACCCCCAUGUUGCUACACUGGAUGGCGGUCAAUACACCUUUAACGGCUACGGUGAAUACAUCAUGAUGAAGGGUGAUGUAGGGGGAUCUCAGUUUGAACUCCAGGGGCGGACUGAUCUGGCCCUUUCCGCUAAUGGAACUAAAAUCAACGCCACAAUUUUCAGUGGAUUUGCAGCCAAAGAUCAUUCCAAUGCUUCGUUCCAGGUGGAACUGUCUAGAAACAGGAAUAAAAUGUAUAUUCGUGGAAAUGGACGCGACUUGACACUUGAAUUCGACAACGAUCCAGAAUUCUCCUUUCUCACGGAUGAUAUUUCAAUUUCCAGGGAAAACGAAACUGUUACCGCUACAUUUUUACAAAGUUCUGUUUCACUGACUAUCAGUAAAGGUGUGGGAUUUCUAACCUGUGAGAGCGUGGUCAGCGAGGACUACAGGGGAAACAUUAGUGGACUUAUGGGGAACUUUGAUGGGGAUAAAAACAACGACUUCGUACUGCCAAACGGCACCUUACUUACAGGGGACAAAGUAGACACAGAGAGGAAAAUCUACCAUAAUUUCGGACAAAUCUGGAGUGUUAAUGAGAGCACGUCACUGUUUCACUACGGCGUUGGGUACUCGCAUUCAGAUUUCUCACAUCCCGAUUUUGUCCCCUUCUUCAUUGACGAAUUUUCAGAAGAGGAACGAAAUGCGUCCAUCAUAGCUUGUGGUGGUGCCUCUGCUACACAGUCUUGUAUAUUUGACUUCCUGGCAACAAAAAAUCAAGAGCUAGCAAUAACAUCUGGAGGUGAACAGAAUAACUUCGAGACGGAGAGUGCAACUGCAGAUAAUGAAACUCCAGAUAUAGAAUUAGAAGGCGGCGAUCAAAUUUUGGCAGAAGUGAAUCAACCUGUAGAAAUUAAGUUCAAUGCUUCAGACGACGGGACAUACACUUACCAAAUUCUCCAGGAGCCAGCCUCUGGGUUCAACCUUAACACCAGCUCCGGCAUAGCAACGUGGACACCAAGUGACACCGGUGUUGUCAACAUCAGCGUGACUGUGGUUGAUGACAAGAAUGUUUCCGCCUCUCCGGUAGAUGUCGCUAUUAUAUUAUGUAGUGGUUGUAGCAACCAAGGAACAUGUAACUACAAUAGUACAAGAACCAGUUCUAGCAGCAUGUUUAACCUGGCUGUCUGUGUGUGUGACACAGGAUAUGAUGGUGAUGACUGUGAGAACGAUGAAGACGCCUGCCUUCAGAAUCCCUGUGCUCUGGGGAGGAACUGUACGGACCUGACCCCUCAGGAGGAAGUAGCCCUGGGUCGAGGAUACAAUUGUACAGAUUGUCCCUCCGGAUACCAGGAAGUGGGCAGUAAAUGUGAUGAUAUCAACGAGUGUAACACUACAAACCCUUGUGAUUCCGUCACCCAGCAUUGUGAAAACACGGAGGGGAGCUACCUGUGUAAUUGUAAAGAGGGCUAUUGGAAAGUCGGUCAGACGUGCCAAGAUAUUGAUGAAUGUACUGAGAGUACCUCUGGCUGUGAGCAGAUAUGUAUAAACUCCCCUGGAUCAUUCAGCUGUUCCUGUGUAGUGGGACAUACCCUUAACAGCGACAAUAAAACAUGUACCAAACUAGUAACGGACCUCUGUGCUGCUGCUAACUUGAGUUGUGAAUACACAUGCGAUAACUCUACUGGAACCUUCGCCUGCGUCUGUCCCAUAGGGUAUAGACUUGAUGCCAACGGAGAAAACUGUACAGAUAUUGAUGAAUGCGAAAGCAACAUUUGCUGUCAAGGAUGUGACAAUUCCAUCGGAUCCUUCACAUGUUCCUGUCUCGCUGGCUUCACCCUCAACUCAGAUAAAACAUCAUGUUCACCAUGCGUUCCACCAAAUUAUGGCGAUAACUGUACCAAGGUUUGUCAGUGUGGUGCGGGGGUGGACAGGUGUGAUCCAGUUACUGGGUGUGUCUGUCUGUCCGGAUGGACGGGAACUAAGUGUGAUCAGGAUAUAGACGAGUGUACAGUUAAUCCAUUAAUCUGUGGUACAGACAAGGAAUGUCAGAAUCUCCAGGGAUCCUACACCUGUAACUGUAGAGAAGGAUUCGUCAAAAAUGAAACAAACUGUAUAGACAUCGAUGAAUGUGCCAACUCUGGAACUAACAACUGUACCUCCUCCACCUCUACGUGUAAGAACACGGAGGGUAGUUAUACGUGUCAAUGUGUAACAGGCUACAUUCAGAAGAACGCAUACGAAUGUCAAGACUUUGACGAAUGUACUGCUGGCUCUGACGGUUGUUCUCAGAUAUGUACAAAUGUCGAUGGCGGAUUUAACUGUGACUGUCAGUUUGGUUUCGCUCUCGGGGACGACAGAAGGACAUGUGAAAGAGUUACCGACAUCUGUUCGCUGUUUCCCUCCCUGAACUGUAGUUACGGUUGCAAGCAAGACCAAAACAACGAAAGCGUAGGGUACUGUUUCUGUGAGGCGGGCUAUGUUCUAAAUGCUCAGGAUCAACGAUCUUGCAUUGAUGUGAAUGAAUGUCUGAAUUCCACACAGAACAAAUGCUCUCUCCCGGACAGGUGUGUAAACAUCCCAGGGUCCUAUAAUUGUACAUGUCCAACAGGGUAUUCCUUAGAAAACGAUGGAAGAACAUGUUCAACGUGUGAUGGAUUUUACUAUGGAGAGAAUUGUGCAACACCUUGUAAUUGUGGAGCUGGUGCUUCCAAAUGUGACAAUGUACUUGGAUGUGUAUGUAAAACAGGCUGGGCCGGGGCCAAAUGUGAUGCCGAUAUUGACGAGUGUUCUGCUAGUAACCCGUGUACAGGGGCCAAUCAAGUGUGUCAGAACACUCCGGGAUCAUACAAAUGUUUAUGUGGUACCGGAUAUAAUGAAACCUCCCCAGGAAAUUGCACAGAUAUUAACGAAUGCGAUACCAACCCCUGUAGUCAGAGUUGUACAAACACUCCCGGAAGUUACACCUGUAGUUGCAGGGCGGGAUUUAGAUUGGUCAGAGGUACAGAAUGUGAGGAUUAUGACGAGUGCUCUGCCCCUGAGAAUCCCUGUGAUCAAGUAUGCGGUAACACAAUCGGAAGUUUCAGGUGUUUAUGUAACGCUGGAUUCCUUCUGAACACCACAUCACGAACUACAUGUUAUGCACGAACUUUUUGUACAAAUACUACUUUCAACUGCUCACAGCAAUGUGGAGUAAAUGCGGACGGAUCAGAAUAUUGCUUCUGUAAUUCUGGGUACCGCUUGAACAGCACCGAUGGGGUAUCAUGUGACGAUAUUGACGAAUGUGCCCCAAAUCCAUGCAGUGAAACAUGUACCCAGAAUGCCCCAGGUGCCGGAUACACCUGUUCUUGUGCUGCCGGAAAGAGGCUGGAUGUAGACCAGAGAACAUGUAUUGAUUGCGAAUUUGGAAAAUAUGGCCUCAAUUGUGGAACUAAUUGUACAUGUAAUGCCCAGAAUACUCUUUCGUGUGACAAAGUGUCAGGAAACUGCACGUGUAAAACAGGUUGGGAGGGACUCACCUGCUCGGUUGAUGUAGACGAGUGUCGGAAUACAACAAUGUGUCCGAUCAACUCUGUAUGUUCAAACACUAAUGGAUCUUAUUCGUGUAUUUGUAAUCCUGGAUAUUCUCUCGCUGGUGGACAAUGUGUUCAGUGUUCGAGUACAACAUAUGGUCAGAAUUGUGCCAGUCAGUGUACGUGUGACUUCAGUAACACUCAGUCAUGUGACAAACAGAAUGGAACCUGCUACUGUAGUUCUGGAUGGCAGGGUAUUAACUGUACAGAGGAUGUCCCAGAAUGCACCAAUGAUCCCAGUAUUUGUGGUGCUAACGCAACCUGCACUGAGCAAACGGGAUCAUAUCUCUGCACCUGUAAUGCAGGCUUUGAGAAGGACUCGAAUGGAAAUUGUAUAGAUACUGAUGAGUGUAUCCGUGGUACAUCAAAUUGUGAUAGCAAUGCAGCGUGUAGCAACACUGAUGGCAGCUUUACGUGUAGCUGUAAUCCUGGCUUUUCUGGCAACGGGCAAACUUGCUCAGUCCCUACAACAACGGAGGAAACAACGACAUUCUUGUUUGUUUCAACAUCUUCAAUUGGACCUAUUACCUCAUCUACUGAUGAUACAACAUCAGGCGAAACGAUGACAUCUAGUGGCGUUACGUCGACACAAGCUGCUACAACAGACCAGCAGACAACAAUAGGACAACAAACCACUACUGGUGCUGCAUCAUCUGUCCAACCCUCAACUACAGGUUCCGGAAGUUCUGUCCAGACCACCUCAGCUGCUGUGUCGUCUGCUCAACCGACAACAGAUUCAAUCACAUCUAACCAACCAACAACUGAAGAGUUGACUUCUGCCAAACCAGCGACUACAGUUACACUGACAUCUGUGAAGCCAGUAACUACUGAUUCCUUAACAUCUACCGUGUCGGUAACUACUGGUCAGACGACACCAAGUCAGUCUGUCACCACUGAUUCUCAGGUCUCCACCCUUCAGUCUACGAAUCUACCCGUCUCCACGGGCGGGGUCACAACGGAAGUACAAUCCACGACCAGUGAAUCUCCUAGUACUACAUCAGAAGCAGUAACCACUGCUGCAUCGACAGCCCCUGUAACAACACAGCCAGUCACAUCAGAUGCUGUUACAGCGGAAACGUCAACCGCCGGUGUUACAACUGAAACGUCAACCGCCCCUGUUACAACACAGCCAGUAACAACAGAAGUUGUUUCAACUGAAACGUCAACCGCCCCUGUAACAACCCAGACAGAAGCAGGUACUGAGAUAAUAUCAUACAGCCAUUCUUCAGCUACUACUUAUCAACCAGCUUCCAACGAACGUGUUUUCUCCUCAUCAUUUACGUUUAACAUAAAUAGAAAUGCUGCAGAUAAAGAAGCCAUCAAGACAGAGAUGGAAUCAGUCCUGACAGCAUUUUACCAGAAUAGAAUCACUGGAUUCAUAAAAGUCAUAAUAAUUGAAAUCAGAUUUGGCAGCGUAAUUGCAGAUCACAGUGUGGUGACGUCAAGCUCUUCUGUGGAUCAGACACAGAGCGAUUUUGUACAAACGUUGAAUAGUCUGGCAACAGGGAGUCAGACAGUUACAUACAAUAACACACAAUAUCCCCUCCAAGCUUUAAACGUCACAGAUUCCAACGGGAAUACAAAAACUGUAAGUAUAACGUCGAGUUCCACUGGUUGCACAGUAUUUAAUACUAUUAUUACCUGUCCGGCUGGUCAACGCUGCUCUGACAUAGAUGGAUUAGUGAAGUGCAGGGAAAUUGAAAGUGACGACUCCUUUAAGCUGAUAGUUGGACUUGGCGUAGGAAUCCCUCUCUUCUUUAUAGCUGUCCUAGUUCUGGCCAUUAUUUGCAUAUACUACCGCAGACGGAAGUACAGAAAGGACUCAUUAAGUUCUGAGGAAGAUGAUUUAGAUAGGACAAUGCACACAGACGGCUUCUUCAAGUCGGGGAUCCCCACAAAGAUUGAUAGCUGGGGUCGACGUGGCCCCUAUUCAUUGAGGAACUGGGGAGAUGAUUCCAGUAUAUCAGACAUGAAUGAUAGAAGGGGGAGAGGCGGGGAUGGAUUUGACAAUACAUACCGUGGCGGAAGAGAAGUCUACAUGUAUGACAAUGGAGCCAAAUCUAAUUUUUCGUGGGAUUUUAUGUAUCAAGCACUAGAUCCUAAUACACAGUAUCAAAUUAAACGACCCCAGGCUGAAACUAGACCACAUCCACUUUAUAAAAAGACAGACCCUUAGAUUCUGAAUAUUGAUCUGAAAUCCAUACUCUUCCAUAAAUGUGCCAAGUCAAAUGCUAUCAUCGAGAUCGUGUGAUUUGUCAUUUAACAAUUCCAUUAAUAAUUAAUUCGUUUUAAUACAUUAAGACAUUUAAUUCAUCUAGUUCUGUUUGUUGAGAUGCAUAUCAUAAGGAACCAAGUGCAAUGUUUCACCUUCUUUAUUAUUUGAAAUCCAUUAAAACUAAAAGGAUGGAGUAUCAAAUAAUUUAGAAGCAGCAUUCUCUGGGAAACAUGUAAUUCUUAAUACAUGAUAAUUUUUCUCCUUGUGUUAAAUUGUGUUCAAAUAUAUAUUACAAUGUAUCAGCGCUUAAAAUUAUUGAAAAAAAUCUUAAUAAGUUUGAUCAUUUAUUUUAUUUGUAUAUUUGACAAAUUUUAUUUGUGUGUUAGCUUUAUUAGAUUUUUGAGUAAUAUUGUUUAUUGUUUUAUCCGUG